UCCUCCCUGAAACUCGUGUUCACACCGCAUGUCGCGCAGCGGAGAGAGGAGGCGUAACAGCUAAGAAUCACCUAACAGUAGCUAGGUAGCUAACUAAGAUAAUGGACAUGAGCAGCAGCAGUGAGUGCUUUGGAUGUGGCCGCUCUGGGCAUUGGAUCAAAAACUGUCCUAAUGCUGGGGGGCGUGGCCGUGGCAGGGGCCGAGGACGUGGAAAGGACCAGUUCUGCUACCGAUGUGGAGAGCAAGGCCACAUGGCCCGGGACUGUGAACAGAGCGAGGAUGCCUGCUACAACUGCCACAGGACUGGCCAUAUCUCUCGGGACUGCAAGGAACCCAAGAAGGAGAGGGAGCAGGUGUGCUACAGCUGUGGCAAGGCCGGCCACGUGGCCCGCGACUGUGACCACGCCAACGAGCAAAAGUGCUACUCCUGCGGGGGCUUUGGCCACAUCCAGAAACUCUGUGAUAAAGUGAAAUGUUACAGGUGUGGAGAGAUUGGUCAUGUUGCUGUGCAUUGCAGCAAAUCCAAUGAGAUGAACUGCUACAACUGUGGCAAGACUGGCCACCUGGCAAAGGAAUGCACCAUUGAAGCCACCGCAUAAUCAGUGCCCUUUGUUGCCCCUCCUUUUUUUCUGAUUGAUGGUUGGUUGUAUUAUUUUCUCUGAAUCCUCUUCACUGGCCAAAGGUUGGCAGACAGAGGCUAGUCCCAGGCCAGUGAGCCUCUCGACAUGUAAUAUGAUGAAAGGGGUGAAAAUAUCUUUCUGCAUUCAAUACAAAAAUGUUUGUUUAGUUUGGUAGCGGUGUAAUGUAUAAUGCUUUGUUAAAGAACCCCCUUUCCAAGCCACUGGUGAUCAGAGAUAAAUGAAUGGGACUAAACAUAUGGGAUAUAUAGGACCUCUGGGCUUGUGGAAGUGAGUCUCAGUAAGAAGGGAGUAAAUGGAAACCUGAACUUCCAUGUAAGGUUAUUUUGGUUCGUUUAGUGGGAUAACAUGCAGUUGACCAAGAGAGUAUGCCAGGGGAAACGUUCACAACAUGAUGCAUCUGGGCCCUACAAGCAGCUAAGUGGGCGAUAACAAACUACAUGUUAUGACAAAGUAAAAUUUUGGAGGAAUAAAAAGAAUCUUAUGUUCUUUUAUAAGAAUCUGUUUACAAUUGAAUGGAGUAUCAGUAAUAGUCCACGGUAGAAGUUUCUUUAAACCUUUUUGGGAAAGUGUACCUUGGAGAAAAUUAGCAUCAAGAACAGAUCAGCAGAAUUAGCAGUUAUUUGGGAAUGGAGAAUGUUUUCACAGAAAUCAAAUGUUAUUUUUGUACAAUAUCACUUAGACUACUGUAAAAAUACCAUUUGCUUGUACUCAGUUUUUAAGUCGGAAGGAAAAUGCAACUGAAGUCCUAGAACAUAGAAAUGUAAUUUUAAACUAUCAAUAAAGUUGGAGGAGCACGGGGA